AGUAUAGUAUUGUGUUAGGUCUGGUGUGUUGAGAAAGAAAACUCAGAAUCAAAGGAAAAAAAAAAUGGCUAUGGCGAACUUGGCUCGUCGUAAGGGUUGCGCCGUCGUGUCAUCGGAGAGGCUCAGGUACUCCUUCUUCUCCGUCGCUUCAAGGGGAUUCGCCUCUGGAUCUGAUCAAAACGACGUCGUCGUCAUCGGUGGUGGUCCCGGCGGCUACGUCGCCGCCAUCAAAGCUGCGCAGCUAGGUCUCAAGACCACUUGCAUCGAGAAGCGCGGUACCCUCGGUGGUACUUGCCUCAACGUUGGAUGCAUCCCUUCCAAGGCGCUUUUGCAUUCUUCUCACAUGUACCAUGAGGCUAAACAUUCAUUUGCCCACCAUGGGGUCAAGCUUUCAAAUGUGGAGGUUGACUUGCCAGCCAUGCUGGCGCAAAAAGAUAAAGCUGUUUCUAAUCUCACCAAGGGUAUUGAAGGUCUAUUCAAGAAAAACAAGGUAACCUAUGUCAAAGGAUACGGUAAAUUUGUUUCACCAUCUGAAGUCUCUGUGGACACCCCUGAUGGUGGAAAUACUGUUGUGACUGGCAAGCAUAUUAUAGUUGCCACUGGUUCAGAUGUAAAAUCUCUACCUGGUGUCACUAUUGAUGAGAAGAAAAUUGUAUCAUCGACAGGGGCUCUUGCUUUGUCUGAAAUCCCUAAGAGAUUUAUAGUUAUUGGGGCAGGCUACAUUGGGCUAGAAAUGGGGUCAGUGUGGGGUCGUCUAGGCUCUGAGGUAACAGUUGUUGAGUUUGCACCAGAUAUUGUUCCUACCAUGGAUGCGGAAAUCCGGAAGCAGUUUCAACGUUCUCUUGAGAAGCAAGGCAUGAAAUUCAAGCUAAAGACUAAGGUGGUUGGAGUCGAUACUUCUGGAGAUGGUGUGAAGCUAACCAUUGAACCAGCAGCUGGUGGUGAUCAGACUACACUUGAAGCAGAUGUUGUCCUUGUAUCUGCUGGUAGGACUCCUUACACCGCUGGACUUGGAUUGGAGAAGAUAGGAGUUGAAACUGACAAGGGAGGGCGAAUUUUGGUGAAUGAAAGAUUUGCCACAAAUGUCUCUGGGGUUUAUGCAAUUGGAGAUGUAAUUCCAGGCCCUAUGUUGGCACACAAGGCAGAAGAAGAUGGUGUUGCUUGUGUUGAGUACAUAGCUGGUAAGGUUGGUCAUGUGGACUAUGACAAAGUACCAGGUGUUGUCUACACAAACCCUGAGGUUGCAUAUGUUGGAAAGACAGAGGAGCAAGUGAAGGCAAGCGGAGUCGAAUACCGUGUUGGGAAGUUCCCUUUCAUGGCUAACAGCAGGGCCAAGGCAAUCGAUAACGCUGAAGGACUGGUCAAGAUAUUGGCUGAAAAGGAGACAGACAAAAUAUUGGGAGUGCAUAUAAUGGCGUCAAAUGCAGGAGAGCUCAUUCAUGAAGCAGCCAUUGCAUUGCAGUAUGAUGCAUCAAGUGAAGACAUAGCACGUGUGUGUCAUGCACAUCCAACAAUGAGUGAGGCUUUGAAAGAAGCUGCCAUGGCCACUUAUGACAAGCCUAUUCACAUUUGAAGAGCUUGGCUGGUUACUUCUAUGUUCUCAUUUUCAUUUUUGUCCAACGAUUUUACAAUGACUUGAAGAUGAUACCACCUUUGUGUGUGAAGUUUAGAUUCAGGUUUUUAAAUACAAAUUAGCCUUCUGAUUACUUCUUGGCUUAAUAAGAGGAAUGAUUGUGUUUUUAAUCCUCGCUGAAUUAUAUAUUAAUCUCUCCCCUUCUUUCUUUGUAAUGCAUCAAUUGUUGGGUGAAAACAAUUUAAUCCCACGCUUCUGAGUCAUGUAAAA